GUGAGUGAUCUGUGACGACUGACUAGUCAUCUGACCGACCCUCCACGCAAAACACCCCCAGCAGCCCCUUUCUUCCUCGAUCCACCUUAGUGCAGGGUAGGGUUCUUGUGACCGCCGCCGACCUUGCGCUCCGAUCUAGCCGUCUGCUACCAGACCUCUACGUCGACACCGCCUCCACCGCAUGGUAGGUGGCAUGGCUUCUCCGCCCCGGACAAACCUUGGCUUCCCUCAACCAGACGAAGGAAUCGAGCUACGAGGACGUCAGAAUUUAGACGAUGACGAACACCAUGUAUCGAUCCCAAUGUGGCGGAGUACAUCUACAAAUGGCGUAAGAGACAGAGUCGCCCCAAUAGCAGCAGAAGAAGAGAAAAUACGUUCAGAUCCACCUGACCGAUGUAACGGCCCGGAAGUCGAGAUCACGGAUGAAGUAGAAGAACCAAAGAGUGAGCAUGGGACACCCAUCGGGGAGAAUGCAACAACAACAGUAGUCGAGGAAGACAACACUGAAGGAUGGAUCAGAAGACAAAGAAACCGCAAGGGGAAAGCCUUCAGGGUUCCGACAGGAGAUUGCGGUGGACACUUGGAGAGAGCACUCAGGGAUGCUGGCAAGGAAGGGAAGAAAGUGUAUUCCAGCCAUGCAAGGGGAUGGAAUUCAACUCCGAGCAGGAGGCAUAUCAAUUCUACAACGCUUAUUCAUGGGAGAUCGGUUUUGGAAUCAGGCAUGGCAACAAGUACAUAAAUAAGCAUGGAUACAAGUCCAAGCAAGACCUUCUAUGCUCCUGCGAGGGUUCUUGCAAAAAAUCAGACACAAAGUCAUCUCGAACCAACUGCCCCGCCAUGGUUAGACUGAACAGAACUGACGACGACAGAUGGUAUUAUGCCAACGUGGUACUAGAGCACAACCACAGAAUGGCUGAUACUGUUGGUGAAAGGAAGACAUUGAAGUGUCACAAGUACGUGGACUCAUCUAUCAAGGAGAUUGUUAGGCACUUGCGUGCUAACAAUGUGUCUCUUACUAAGGUCUAUGGAGUGAUGGCUGAUAUUCAUGGUUCCUACGAAGACGUGCCAUUCCGCAAAAGGUCUCUGAAGUCAAUGUGUUCAUCAAUUGCUCAUGAACACAGUCAAGAUGACAUUAGCAAGACCCUAGCCCUUUUUUCAAGGAUGCAAGCAGAGAACUCUGGAUUCUUUUUUGCAGUCAAAACUGACGAAGAAAGAAGGGUUUCUGGUUUGUUUAGGUGUCACCAAAAGAGUAGGGAGGAUUACAGUUGUUUCGGCGAUGCAGUAAUGUUUGACACAACCUAUAAGAGCAACUUGUCCUUUUCGAAAAAUAAGAGCAACUUGUACGAGAUGCCGGUUGGUAUGUUCGUCGGCGUCAACAACCACUACCAAUGCUGCAUUUUUGGUUGUGUUUUUCUCCGUGAAGAGACUGUAGAUUCUUUCAAGUGGGCUUUUGAAACUUUCCUAUCUGCAAUGGACAACAAACAGCCUUUGACUAUAUUGACAGACCAAAGCAGGCAAAUGGAGUGUGCUAUCUCUGCCGUCAUGGAUUCUUCGACACACGUCUGGUGUAAAUGGCAUGUGUUGAAGAAGAUGAGGGAGAAAAUUGGUAGUAUGUAUAGGAAUGGUACACCUUUUCGCAAUGACUUCAACAUGCUCAUCAAUGAGAUGAUGACAGAACAGGAGUUUGAAAAGGAGUGGGAGGAAAUAACUCUGCAUUACGGGCUUGAAACAAACUCAUUCAUGAAACAAGUGUAUGAAGUCAGACACAAAUGGGCGAAGCCGUAUCUGAAGGGGAAUUUCUGCGCUAAAAUGUGCAGCACCCAGCGAAGUGAGUGCAUGAAGAAUGUCCUGAAAUCAUAUGUUUCUCGGUCUGCACCAAUCAAUUGCUUUUGGAGGGAUUCGAUCUCUCGGGAGGAGGUCAUCGCUUUUGGAGGGAUUCAAGAUCCGGUGUCCAAGGGGCGCCGGAUGAGUGGACGACUCCAAAGCCAGCCUGACGUGGACGAUAUUCAGCAGCGGUGCGCCAUGAGGGCGGCCAAGCUUCGUGACGUCGAGGUCACUACUGGUUUUAUUCCGUGCUACGGCGCUGAUCCGUAUGUGGUCCUUACUCACUCCGACGGAGGCCAGGGAGCGUUUGGUUACUGGAUCAGCCUGGUGGGAGAUGGUAGCGCGGGAUAUCUUCAACCGGUUUGGAUGGCGGUCAUAUAAUAGGAUAGGCAAUUAGUUUUCCUAUCUUUAUUUUGCCUGCCGGUUGUGGCUUGAUGGCCUUUUCCUGUUUUAGCGUCGAGGCUCUGUGUGAGCUCGCCUUCAUUUUAUUUCAAAACUCUAUGACAUUGUUGAACCUAUUUUAUUUAUUUAAGUGGCCGUAUGCAUCGUUCUGAUGCAAAGGCCGGGGAGUCCCCCUUUUCAAAAAAAAACUAAUCAAUUGCUUUGUCCAUCAGUACACAAAGUUGUACGCCGACAGAUGUGCUGAAGAAGAUUUCGAGCACGGACACAUGAACAAGGAUCAGAAGAUAAUAAGAUCCAAUGUUCUUAUUGAGAGGCAGGCAUCUGAGGUUUACACCAGGGCAAUUUUCAAGUUGUUUUCACUAGAGCUAUUUCAGUCGGGAUCUUUCCAUGUUAAGGGCAAUCACGUUGACGGAAAGAUUGUCAUAGAACAUGCUGACGCUGAGAGGAGGCAGCGUUGGUGCAAAGUGGUGUAUGAGGUGAAUGUUGAUAGGGAGAGUGAUAUGUACUCAUGCGAGUGCGGAAUGUUCGAGCACUCUGGGUUGCUUUGUCGUCAUAUCUUGAAGGUCAUGGUGCACGUUGGUGCCCGACAAAUUCCUAGUAGAUACAUUAUGAAGAGAUGGACAAAAGAUGCCAGGGACAAUCUUCCAGAACACUUGAAAACUUAUCAGAAGGAUGUGAGCAUGCAAGUGUCGAAGACUUUCAGGCACAACAUUAUUUAUGUUAAAGCAUUGGAGAUCGUUAAGUUGGCUAACAAGGGUGUUGAUCAUUUCCAGCAUGGGCUGGCCGCCCUUGAUACAUUGAAAAAGGAAUUGGAGUCAAUUGAAGUAGUUCAAGAAACAGUUCAUGGCACCCGCAGUGCAGUCGCCGUGAAUAAUAAACCAGAUCAACCAAACAUCAACCAUAAAGAUCCUGAGUCUGGAAACCCAACCGUAGUUACCAAGAGAUCGGCGCACAAUUCAAAGCAAGGUCUUGCUAAUGCACAACCGCAAACAGGAGAUGAAUUCCAUGAAACCACGGAAUUAUUUCCUCCCGAGAAGAAGGCCAGCAAGGGAAGACCAAAAACAAAGCGCUUCAAGGCAGCAGGUGAUAGUGCAACCAGAACAAACAAGUGUGCAAUAUGUGGAUCAAAGGACCAUUUCACAAGGUCUUGCCCUUGCCACCUGGUGGGUCCAGUUACCUCAAGCGAUUCAGAGGAGGACAAUUUCAACCAAGAAGAAGAACGUGAUGAUCAAGAUAAGGAUGUUGAGGUGGAAGAAACACAUGUCAGCAUGGGAAGUCAGAGAGGAAGUGGGAGCAUGACUGGCAAGACAAACAACCAAUCUGCAAAGAGGAGGUGCAAAAACUGUGGGUUGGAAGGGCACUAUACUCCUAAGUGUCCAACAUAUGAUGGCCCCAAGAAGCCUCCGAAGGAGGUGACCUGCAAGAAAUGCUUCCUUGGCGGUCACUAUGCAUCGACAUGCGGAGGAGAGUCGUCUUACAAGCGUAAGCGCUAGUAAUAAAAAAUGGCAGGCAAAUAACGACUGCCUUAUGAUCCGUAAUGAUUAGUUCCAUUUCCAUGUCGUGAAGGACCUAAAUUUGUGGAAUUGCUUAAUUUUUAUUUUGGGGCAGUAGCUCCAUCCAGACAAUUUAGUUUUAAUUCGUGCUAUUUGUAAUUUGGAUCCCAUCAUGCUUAUUUGGAUUCGCGUUACUGUUUCUGUUAUUUUGCAAUUGACACUAUAUA